CAAAAAAAAAUUAAAUUUUUAGAUAUUUGUGUUGUUUCAUACGUGAAACAACAUUUAAAUUUGGUGUAACACACGCGCAGUUAAUUAUUUAACCAAACGUAAUGCAGAAACCUGUAAAAGCCCAACCCUAACCUCGAAAUUUUGACAAACAACCCUUCAAUGCAAAUAAUUAAAAAUGGUUGAUUUAAAAAAAGACCUGGACGAGUAUCUGCUGCUGCAAAGCGACCAAAAGAAAUCCUUCAAGCUCCAAAUCCCGGCGAUCCAAAAACCCAACAUUUCGAACUGGUUCAAACGGGAGGAGCAGCCCGAAGACAACUCCUGGUUCCAGGAGACGAAAAAAGGAUGUUGCCCCACUUUGUCACGGUUUCAACGCAUCACCCUCUUCGUGAUAUGCAUAGGGAUGGGCAUUUUGUGCUUCACUCUGUCCCUAAUGUACGUCCCAGUUUUGCUAUUUAAGGCGCGCAAAUUCGCCCUCUUGUUCACACUAGGGAGCCUUUUCUUCGUAAUCAGCUUUUUUUUCCUGUGGGGCCCCCUGGCCUACUUGAAACACAUGUUCUCGCGCGAGAGGCUGCUCCUGACCGUAACGUACGGCAGCACGUUGGUGGCAACCCUUUACUGUGCCCUGCACCUACAAAGCACCCCCUUCACUGUGCUCUGUGCUGUGGGACAAAUUGUUACUUUACUAUGGACUGUGAUAGCUAAUAUCCCUGGGGGAACUACCGGAAUUUCGUUUUUCUCCAAACUGUUCUCCAGAUCGGUGGGCAACACGCUGCCAAUUUAGUUGUAUUGUGUAAAAAGACUGUUUAAUAAUUUAUUGGAAAAAUGUUUUAUAACCAACGAAUUAUACAUCAAUAUCACAUAAAA